CGGUCUUGGAGGAUCAUCAUCAUACUCAUAGUGAGCAGUAUAAACCAAGACACCAUUUUCUCACAGUAAUCUGGUCUCAUUUGUUAUUUGUCUCAUGGCUUCAAACAAAGAAGCUGUUCUUACUACUACUUCCUCUGUCUCUGAAUCUUAUCCUUCAUCCACGUUUGACAAGAGGAGCAUCAAAAAGGAAAGAUCUUCUACUAUGUUUUAUGAGAAUCAUGAGGUGCUCACCUUUAGGAAUAUGGCUCCUGAAGCACCUCCGGGAAUUAUGAUCAUUCCAAACGCUAGAGAUGGGUUAACCGGUCUAUCUAAGGCUCAAACCCCACCGAUUUCAAGCCAGUUUGGGUUGAAUAAUGUUACGCUUGGUGAAGAACAACUAUCAACUAAAAAAAAGCCAAGAACAAAGUUCACGCCGGGAGAAGAUAGAAUUCUCAUCCAAGCAUGGCUAAAUGUUCCCAGGAUUGCGAUUGUCGAGGCAAACAAAAGAGCAGAUUCCUUUUGGUCAAGAAUGAAACAUAAUUACAAUGAGUGUCGUGGCCGUUUCAAACCGAGGGGAGAGUCACAAAUAAAAUCGCGAUGGCAUAGGUUGAAUAACAUAGUUAAAAUUUUUGCAGGAUGCUACAAAGCAGCCUUUGAGAAAAAGAAAAGUGGCAGCUCUGAGUCUGAUAUCAUGGGAAAUGCGUAUACACUUUAUUAUCAAGACGAAGGCGAACACUUCAAGUUAGAGUUUGCAUGGCGAUUGUUGAAAGAUGAACCUAAAUGGUUAAAUGCUGCAUCAUUUGAAGAAACGAGUAAAAGACCAAAGAUUUCGGCUUCUGGAACAUACUCGACAACGUCUAAUCUCGAGACACCUUCAAGUUGUGAAUACAACGCAGCUUCACCUACCGUGGUUUGUCCAACGGAGACAGAAGUUGAGAAAAGAAAGGGAAAGUCGAAAUCGGAGGAAACAUCUUCGGCUAAUGUUGAGGUAAUUGAAGUGGAAAAGAUUCCAAAGACAAAAGUUCUCGUCAUGGCAGAAAUGGCACGAAUACAAGAUGAACAAAAUAAGUUGAAGGAGAAAGAGUUGAAUAUGAAGGAGAGAGAGUUUGAGCUAGAAUUUCUCUUUAAGGAUACGUCUGGGAUGACAGCAAGACAACAACGGGAUCAUGAGAUGUUGUGUAAUGUGAUUAGAAAAAAACAUGGAAUUAUGUAAUGUAAUGCAAUGUAAAUGAUGUUUUAGUCAAGGUAGUCAUUGUUCAAAAUGCUGUAUUUUUCAAACUAGUCUUUAUGUUGUCGUGUAACACCUUAGAAGAUUUUCUCACCUGUCAAUCUUGUUCCGUCUUCUUAUCAAAUUGUCUCAGCUUUAGGAUAAUCUUGUUUCUUUCUCGCCAAUUUACUG